AUGCCUCUCCAAUGGCUACGUGACAGCUUUUUGGGACAAGCUUUACGUCAAUUCUACAAAACCCCCUGCUUGACCUACAAAGAAGAGCGUCAUGACCGGCAAGACAUCGAGGACAAAGUUCUUCCCAAUAGAAAGACAGUACUAGUCGAAUGGGAUACCAACGACGAGGAAAACCCUCAGAAUUGGUCCUCAAUCAAAAAAGCUUUCGUGCUCAUCGUCAUUGGCGCAUACAGCUUUGUGGUAUACAUGUCAGCACCAAUCUACACCCCAAGCGAGAACGCCUUUAUCGAAGAAUUCGACGUGAACAACGCAGAAGCUGCCCUUGGACUUGCUUUAUACGUCUUAGGAUACGGAGCUGGACCUCUAUUUUUCAGUCCUCUUAGCGAGAUCCCUCGCAUAGGUCGAAACAUCCCAUAUGUCAUCUCCUUCGCCCUCUUCUGUGUCAUCAGUAUCCCAACAGCAAUAGCACCAAACGCAAUCGGCUUCUACUUCCUACGCUUUCUUCAGGGAUUUUUCGGCAGUCCAUGUCUAGCCACUGGAGGGGCCUCAAUCGCAGAUAUCUACUCAACGGAUGUUCUGCCUCACGCAAUGACGACGUGGGUGUUUUGCGUGUUCUGUGCUCCAGCCAUUGGCGUUUUAGUCUCUGGAUUCGCGAUCCCAGUUCUCGGCUGGCGCUUCUCAAUGUGGGAGAUCUUGAUCGCUGCCGGUCCGAUUCUUGUCCUCCUUGUUUUGUUGCCUGAGACUAGUUCGGCUACUAUUCUGCAUCGUCGCGCACGCCGUUUGGAAAGCAUGGAUCCGGAUCAGACGCGGGAGUAUAGGACUGCUGCUGAUAUCGCCCAGGCGGGCGUUUCGUUCCAUGAGAUCGUUCAGGAGUCCCUGCUGAUCCCUGCCAAGAUAACUUUGCUUGAUCCGGCUAUUCUCUUCUUGAAUUGCUAUACGUCUUUGACUUACGGAAUCUACUACUCCUUCUUUGAGGCUUUCCCGAUUGUCUACCAAGGCAUGUACGGUUUCAACCUUGGUGAAAUGGGACUUGCAUUCUUAGCCAUUGUUGUCGGGACGGUGAUAUCAUUCGUGAUCUACAAUGUUUAUAUCCACAAGAUCUUCGUCCCAAAGACGAAAGAAGGAGGUGUUCGGAAACCAGAAGAUGUACUGGUUCCAGCUCUGUUUGCAUGUUUUGGACCGGCUGUUGGUCUAUUCCUCUUUGGCUGGGCUGCUAAUCCCAAUGUUCAUUGGAUUGUUCCGACAAUUGGUAUUGUCAUCUAUCCGGCUUGUGUGUUUAUCUUGAUGCAGUGCGUUUUUCUUUAUAUUCCUGCUUGUUACCCGCAGUAUGCUGCCAGUGUUUUUGCCGCGACUGACUUCACACGGAGUGCUUUUGCUUGUGGAGCUGUUGUUUUUUCCAAGCCUCUUUAUGAGAAUUUGGGCAUUGGGCCUGGGUGCAGUUUGUUGGCUGGGUUGACCAUCGGGUGUGUAGUUGGGAUCUAUGUGCUUUAUCACUGCGGGGAGGCGCUGAGGCUUAGAUCGAAAUUUGUAUCUAAGUGGUGA